UAAACAUUGAUCACCUCCAGCCAUUUAAAGCACAGCAGCCAAGAAUCCCCCAUCAAAUAAAAUCACAGAGGGUGCAAUUAGCAACAACCCCACCACCAGCAUCAUCCAAAGCUCCUGGAACAGUUACAGCUUCUGUACCAGCAUCUAGCUCCACUUCAUUCUCAACCCUUGCACCAACCUCAUCACCUGCAACACCAGCAGACCUGACAACUCCAUCAGUCUCUGGAACACCAACAGCUUUUGCACCACCGUCCUCCACCACACCAUCAUCAAUCUCUGCACAACCACCAGCCCUGGAAACACCAACAUCCUCUGCUUCACCAGCCCCAACUCAAGCUUCAUCAUCCGGGACUAUAGAGAAAUGUCAUCAAUGCCUACCUGGCCAUGCUUGAGAGGCAGCACAAUGUGAAGUCACCAGAGAAGGUUCUUCAUAUUGAUACAUAUGGAAUAACAUCCGUAUGGAAUGGAAAAGUUCCACGAUUCAGGUGGGACCCUUCAAAAUAUCAGUUGCUGUUUGGAGUUGUGAAUGAACACCAUCACUGGUUUCUGGUUGUGAUAUAUCCAUCACAGAACAAGACGCUCCUCCUGGAUCCACUUGGAGAAACUGCUGCCAAGUUAAAAAGGUGCCAGGAUGCAUCAAGGGCACUCAUGAGGAGAAAAGGGAUACAUGUGUCAAGGUGGAAAUGUGACACAGUGCCUCAUCCCCACCAACCAGACAGCACGUCCUGUGGUGUUUUUGCCAUUGUGUUUGCAGAGAAAAUCUUAUACAAUCAGCCAGUCACAUUUCCUGCUUCCCCAAAGGAUGUGUCAGAUUUGCGGUGGCAGAUUGCCACUACUCUUCUCAGAGAUUCAGAUGACCUGACAAACCUGUGUCUUCACUGUGGGGAGGCCAGUGUGGAUGGCAGUCCAGAGGAACAACUGACUUGGAUCUCAUGUGAUGCCUGUGGAAGGUGGUUCCACCAUGACUGUGUUGGACAACCAAAGAUGGAGGAACCAUUCAAGUGUACAGCAUGCUGAACAUAACAAUGGAAGUAUAAAAGUGGAGUUUUUGUAUGUUUUUGCGUUUAUUUGUUGUAACUGUAAUUAAACUGUUUAACUGUUGUUAAACAAAAAGUUCUUGAAAAUAGGUACAUUUUAAGUGGAUUUACAAUUUUAUUUUUUUAAGUUUCAACAAUAAUAUAAUUAUUUUAUUUUAA